AUGGCGGGUCUUACCACCUUCUCGUUGAUUAGUAUCAUAUCCUCCCUCACAGUAAUCACAUAUGCAUACCGCUUCCCUUCGCACCAUCUUCAUCGACGCGACACAACCUGGACUGCGCUUGGAUGUUGGACCGAUGGUGUUGGUGGUGUAAGAACACUCUCUGCAGCUGCCUACACUGACACUGUGGGUAUGACUGUCGAGUCAUGCAUCAACUUCUGUUCGACUGGCUCCAACGCCUACAUCUAUGCAGGUGUCGAAUAUGCUCAGGAAUGUUACUGCGGCAACUACUUCGCCUCUGGCGACACCAAUGUCAGCUCCUCUGACUGUAACAUGCCCUGUACUGGUAACGCUGCAGAAUUCUGCGGUGCUGGAAACAGACUCGAUAUAUUCUGGAGUGGGGCCCAGCCUCCUCCUCCACCCGUCCUGGUCCCUAGUGUUGGGAACUGGACGUUGCUCGGAUGUUACAACGACUCGGCGACACGAGCCUUGCCAUACGGCACUGGCGUAACCGGAAGCGUUACUGUCGAAUCAUGCACCACUGCAUGUUACAACGCUGGAUACCCGCAUGCCGGCAUGGAAUACGCUGAUGAAUGCUACUGUGGCUUGACCAUCGAGAACAAUUCUGGUCCCACCCCAAAUGGGGACUGCGAUAUGACAUGCGCGGGAAAUUCGUCCGAGUAUUGUGGAGGGCCGAACCGGCUCAGCAUGUACAACUACACCCAGCCUAUUACGAUAACCCCGGUAACUAAUCCCGCUGGCAAUCCCAGCGCUGUUUCGCCUGUGACCUCUGGCUUAACCGGCAACUGGACGUAUGGAGGAUGUUACGUUGACAACACAAAUGGGCGUGUAUUGGGGAAUGAACUUGACAGCACUACUACCACAGUGGAGAGUUGUAUCGCGAACUGUGCCGGGCAAAACUUUACCAUUGCAGGCAUCGAGUACAGCACGCAAUGCUUCUGUGGUGAUUAUCUCAUCGAUGGGGCAACGAAGGCGGCUGCCGACAGUGACUGCAACAUGGCUUGUGGUGGAAAUGCGACUGAGGCGUGCGGUGGUCCAAACCGAUUGUCUGUUUACAGCUCUACCGGAAAUAUUACAUUACUCCCUGUUCCUGUGGCGCAGACUACAAACUUACCAGCAGAAUGGGUGUAUCAGGGCUGUUUGGCAGAACCAGCCAUUGGCGCUCAGACAUUCCCUUAUGAAAAUGAAUGGACCACAAACAAUACUGUCGAUUCGUGCAUAACCCAAUGCGCUGCCUUCGGAUAUCCCGUAGCUGCCCUUGAAUACGGAGCUCAGUGUUUCUGUGGCGACAUCAGUGAUAUCACAGCAGUUAGUGGGCAGUAUGUCUCGGAUUCGCAGUGUAACAUCGCUUGCUCGGGAGACCCACUCCACUAUUGCGGUGGACUAAGCAGGUUGUCUACCUACUACUAUAAUGGGACGAUGAACUCGUGGAAAACCCCUGCGAAUACUGGCUACUAUGAGUUCUUCAUAGGCGGUCUCGUCGUCCCUCUCAUCGCUACUGUGGGCAUCAACAACAAGGUCACUUUCCUCGAGAAGGCCGGUACUUCGGAGUACGCUAAUUCUACCGGCGCGUACGAGUUGGAUCUCAGUUUGGUGGACAAUUACGAACUGGCUUGGCGCGAGAUGCAUUUGAAGACGGACGUGUUCUGUUCGGGUAGUAUUGUUCUGCCAGACAAGGGAGGAAGGCAAAUUAAUGUGGGUGGAUGGUCGCUUGCGUCGACUUUUGGUGUGAGGUUGUAUACACCGGAUGGGAGCGCUGGUGUCAAUGGUACCAAUGACUGGGAAGAAAAUGUUGAAGAGCUCACACUCCAGCGUGGCCGAUGGUAUCCUACCGCGAUGAUGAUGCCAAAUGGAAGUAUUUUGGUCGUUGGUGGAGAGUCUGGAAGCAAUGCUUCCCCGCAGCCCAGUCUCGAGAUCCUUCCAAAGCCCCCUGGUGGCGAUACAGUCAUUACGUUGGAUUACCUCCAGCGGACAGACCCCAACAAUCUUUACCCAUUCCUCUUGGUGUUGCCAAGUGGCCGAUUUUUCAUUGGCUACUACAACGAGGCUCGUGUCCUCGAUCCUGUCACCUUUGACACGGUGACGGUCCUGCCAAAUAUGCCGGGUGCCGUCAACAACUUCCUCGCAGGCCGAACGUAUCCGAUGGAAGGGUCUGCGGUUCUUUUGCCGCAGCACGCACCAUAUACGGAUCCGAUCGAGAUUCUCAUCUGCGGUGGUUCGACGAUCGGAGCCGCCAUUGCGUUGGACAACUGUAUCACUAUUGCACCCGAAGUAGAAAAUCCGACGUGGACACUGGAACGUAUGCCUUCGAAACGGGUCAUGCCCUGCAUCACGACCCUGCCAGAUGGGACGUAUAUGAUCCUGAACGGCGCACAUCAAGGCGUUGCUGGCUUCGGCCUUGCGACAGACCCUAAUCUUAGCGCAAUUCUUUACGACCCUUCACAGCCGAUUGGUCAACGCAUCUCCAUCCUCAACAAUACCAUUGUAGCUCGCUUGUAUCACUCCGAAGCGACCCUUUUGCCUGAUGGGCGUGUUCUGGUGUCUGGUUCAGACCCCCAGACGUACUAUCCCAACGGGUCCUUUGUGUACCCAGAGGAGAUGCGCAUUGAGGUUUAUAUUCCGCCUUACCUCAAUGAAGGACUCACACAACCGGAGUUCACUAUCACUGAGACUGACUGGGCGUUGGGUGGACAGUACAGUAUUUCGGUGACUUUGUUCCAGGGAACGACGAGCACCAUGCGCGUCUCACUCGUGGCGGCUUCGUCUAGCACGCACGGAAACGUCAUGAGCGGUGGGAGGGUCAUCUUCCCUGAGUUUUCGUGCUCUGGGACCACCUGUACCAUCACGGCGCCGCCGAAUGCGUAUGUGUGUCCACCAGGAUGGCACCAGCUGUUCAUUUUGGAUGGUCCGACGCCAUCGCACUCUGCUUGGGUCCGCAUCGGAGGCGACCCUGGACAGCUGGGCAACUGGCCUGCUUACCCUGACUUCACUACCCCAGGUGUCUAA